GAAAGAUCAUCAAGAAGUUCGACAAGAGGUUUCAUUGUCGAUUUCAAGAGAAGAUAGGUAUGCCCGCGCCUGCGCAACAGCUCGUCACCUCAAAGGACAUCUCUGUUCGCCUGCUUCAGCCUGCGAACGAAUGCUUGCGACAGAUGCAGCUCUUUAGCACUCUGUUGGGUCACCCGUCGCUGGCCACGCGGCUUCACGUUGAAAGACCGCUGCUACAGCUGAGACAGUUUACCUUUUGGCUCCGCGAAUUGGAAAAUGGCCUUCAACUUUUGGGCGUCCACAUCACCGGUGAAGGAGAUGAUUGGUCCACCUGUGUCAAGAACACCUUUAUCGAAGUGAACGAGCAUGGUGAGUCGCCGCUGCGACGAAGUCGUGCCAAGUCUUGGUGUGCGCAGAUGGCGCUGCCUUCUGAGAGCAACGGGAGCCACAACUCCGACUAUGAGGCGGCCAGCUCCGACGAGCCGCCGGAGCCCGCGAAGCCGUCGGCAACCACGGGCGCGACUGCUGGCGCCAGCAGCUCCAGUCGCCCGGCCUAUAGAAAAAACCAGGGAGUCAAGGAGGAGGCUGGCAAGCACCGUUGGUGGGCAGACCUUAGUGAUCUCUGCCCACUGUCCGGCUUUCCCAUUGCCCAUCUUCCGUACCCCCCGUUCAAAUUGCAGGUGGCCAAAGGUCAAGGUCACAAUUUUUUUGAUGGUCAGUUCCUGAUGCUACACAUCCUCAGCAGUUUCAACUUUGAGAUUUCGGGUCGUUCGCUCACGCAGCAAGAGAUUCAGGCCUUGGAUGGGCACGUGAAGAAGUGCAAAUUGAGCCCUUUUCGCCUAUCCCGGGCGCUGGAGCUUCUCUACCUCGUUGGGCAGGGAAAUGCUCAUGCACAGCAGGAGAUGGCAGAGCUCCGCAGCAAAGCGGCCAAGAAAUUGGGUGCCUUGAAACACAUCCAACGUGCGCGAUUGCAGCGAGGCGAUUGCGCCACACCGGCGGUUCCAGGGCCACAGCCCAGGAGAUGAGCUCGGCAACUGAAACACAUCCUCUCCGUGCGCGGCAGGCACAAAAUCACGCCAGAAAUGGGUUCCGGGACCACCGUCCAGGAAGCCGAAGAUAUGGUGGCUGGAAGUGGUUUGACCUGUUAAACAGGUUCAGUCAAAGAAGUUUUGAUUUGGCACGCAGCCAGGGUAUUGCCGUGGUGUCAUGUUUCACUGACGGUUGUUUUUUG